AAAGGCAAAUUUGCAGAGCAAACAAAUGAGAGAAAAAAAACACGCAGAGGGAGCGAGCGUACAGAGGAAAGAGAGAGUGAAGAAGGAAAGAUCUGAGUUUAAAGGAAGAAGGAGCGAGUCAGAGCCCCCGAGUUAGGUCACAUCGGCCACCCCGUAUCGUCCAUGACUCGGUAUUGCUGCUGUCGGUGUUAAUUUCACCCCAGGGCGAGCGCCAGCCUAAUCAGUCUGUCUUUCUUUCUUUGCAACACCAAAAUUAUAGAGAGAGAGAACAGAUCCUAACUCCGUCGGCGGCUCCGCUGCUUCGCGCUCUAUCUUCCAGUCCUCGCCCCAUCACUCGUCCUUGUCAAAGCAUCCAAGUGGCAGCAGCUGAUCGGCGGAUUUACGCUUUGAUGGUGGUUUGACCAGAGCAUCGAUGGGGAUACAGGGGUUUCCACGUUGGUUGUAGCAGAAGACUACUGAUUCAGAUAAACCCUAAUUUUCCAAAAAGGUGUACAUUGUGGGGCGAGGUAAAGAAUUCAUGGACCAGAAUUUGUAGGAUAGAGAUAGAGGAAACUUGAAGGACCGAGUUAUUAUGAUGGAAGACUUCUCCAAGUAUUCUCACAGCCCUGCUCACUUGGCAGUCGCACGCCGUGAUUAUGCUGGCCUUCGAAGCAUUAUCUCUAACCUCCCUCGCCUUGCCAAGGCUGGAGAAGUUACUAAUGAAGAACAGUCAGUUGCUGCUGAACGAGAAGCUGAUGCUCUGUCGGCUAUCAUUGAUCGCCGGGAUGUCCCUGGUCGCGAGACUCCUCUACAUCUCGCUGUUAAAUUGAGGGACCAAAUCUCUGCAGAGAUCCUAAUGGCAGCAGGAGCAGAUUGGAGUCUGCAGAAUGAGAAUGGCUGGAGUGCCCUUCAAGAAGCAGUGUGCACAAGGGAGGAAGCAAUUGCUAUGACAAUUGCCCGUCACUAUCAGCCGCUCGCCUGGGCAAAGUGGUGCCGUAGGCUCCCUCGUAUUGUCGCUUCGGCAGCUCGUAUUCGUGAUUUCUAUAUGGAGAUUACGUUUCAUUUCGAGAGUUCUGUCAUUCCCUUUAUUGGCCGUAUUGCUCCGUCAGAUACUUAUCGUAUUUGGAAACGCGGAGCUAAUCUUCGUGCCGACAUGACACUUGCUGGUUUUGAUGGGUUCCGGAUUCAAAGAUCGGACCAGACGUUUCUUUUCUUGGGAGAGGGUUAUUCUGCAGAGGAUGGUGGUGGAAUGUCUUUACUACCAGGUUCACUGAUUGUUCUUGCACAUAAGGAGAAAGAGAUUACUAACGCAUUGGAAGGAGCAGGUGCGCAACCAACUGAAGCAGAAGUUGCACAUGAAGUUGCUCUCAUGUCGGAAACCAAUAUGUAUAGGCCGGGGAUUGAUGUGACACAGGCCGAGCUAGUUCCUCAUUUGAAUUGGAGACGGCAGGAAAGAACCGAGAUGGUUGGGAACUGGAAGGCCAAGGUUUAUGAUAUGCUUAAUGUGAUGGUAAGUGUGAAGUCGAGGCGAGUUCCUGGUGCCAUGACUGACGAGGAACUUUUCUCUGUAGACGAUGAAGAAAGAUUAGCAAAUGGAAGGGAUCAGGAUGAUUUUGAUGAUGUAUUGACACCUGAAGAGAGAAAACAGUUAGACUCUGCACUUCGUAUGGGAAAUUCUGAUGGUUUAGGAGAGGAGGAAGAAGCUGGGGGUGUUGUUGAGUACCAAGAAAAUGGUUCCGCAGGGCCAUGUCAAAACGGUGAAUCGAAUGCUACGACUAAGGAUAAAAAGAGUUGGUUUGGUUGGAAAAAUAAAGGUGGAAAACACAACAAUGAUGACUCUGAAGAUCCAAAAAUGGGGAAGAAGUAUUCGAAGUUUAGACCGGAAGGUGGCAAUCAGAAAUAUGGUGAUCACCAAAAUUCAUCAUCUGAAUCUGGUCGGGAUGAUGGUACAGGAGAUGCGAGGAAGGGAAAGGAUAAAAGUGGCAAGAAGAAAAUAAAGAAAGGACCGGGUAGUGAGUCUAAGAAUGAAAGCGAGUAUAAAAAGGGUUUGCGUCCUGUAUUGUGGCUGACACCUGAUUUCCCCUUGCAAACGGAUGAGCUCCUGCCUUUGCUUGACAUAUUAGCCAACAAGGUUAAAGCUAUUAGGAGACUCAGGGAGCUUUUGACUACUAAACUUCCUUCUGGAACAUUUCCUGUCAAGGUAGCCAUACCUAUUGUUCCAACUAUAAGGGUGAUUGUCACAUUCACAAAGUUUGAGGAGCUUCGGCCAGUGGAGGAGUUCUCAACGCCUCUCUCCAGCCCAACACAUUUCCAGGAUUCAAAAUCCAGGGAAUUCUCAUCGGAUAGCGGGUCGACAACUACAUCAUGGAUAUCUUCGUGGAUGAAAGGUGGGAGUCGAGGAGGGCAAUCGAGUGAUAGUGACAGCCAUCGGUUCAAAGAUGAGUUUGACCCCUUCCAUAUACCAUCAGACUAUAAGUGGGUUGAUGCCAACGAGAAGAAGCGGCGGAUGAAAGCUAGGAAAGCCAAGACCAAGAAACAUCAUAGGAAGCAACACCAGCAGGCAGCAAGACCCGGCGUUGGAGGAGGGGAUAGUGGCGGGGCACAUAAUCACAGUGAACAUGCUGAAGACUAAUGACAAAGAGAAGCAUUCAUCUGAGUGUUCGGCCUCUUCAGAGUGCAUGCAGAAAAGGGAGGAGGCAAGGCCCUUCUUUACUGAGAGGCAUGGCAUAAUCUCCGACGGGUUUGAUCAUUGCGUCUUCUUGUGAAUCGUCAGGAGAUUGAUUUAUGAAUAUAUUGGUUGGUUAGGUUGAGUUUUACUCUUUUGAUGGGUUGAUUAUGAAGCUCCCCAUAUGCUGUAUGUGUUAUGUGAAAAUUUGCAGAGGGUGUCGGAGGGGAUCCUGAUCCUCUUGUUCGUCCUGUCUUUAUCUCUCUCUCUCUCUCUCUCUCUCUCUGCCCCACUGUCUCAGCCUAAUAGUUUGUUCUUUGGUUGGUUUCCUUCAUCAUUUGUUUGUGGAUUAACCCAAUUGUACCCAAGUUCUUUGUUAUCGAGUUAACAAGCAGAUUUUCUGGUUGGGCAUUUUUAACCCCGCCUCCCGUCCUGUCUCCGACUCCGAUGCUUGCUUUUUGG